GUCUGAAGGCGACUGGACAGUUGAUCUAGUUGAAGAUAGUGCUCUGUGACGUGGCUGCUCAUCGCAUAGAAUAGAACACCCGCUGAAAAUCACACACCUGACUUCGCAAGUUAGACUCUACAGAAAUUCCCGGUUGAUAAGUACCAAGCACAAGAACUGUCACACGCCAUAACUGUCAUACCCCAUGUUCAAAAAGGACCCCCAACCCAAGGCCUCGGCCAACAUCAAGAACUCCGAGCGCAGAAAGCUCGUGGAGAACGUGUGCAAAUUAUAUGGCAUCCCUCAGGACAAGCUCGACAAAGAGGCCAUCAACAAGCUCGUGCCUUCAGAAACAAAAUUGGCGAGCUUUAAGAGCAUCCAGGGAUUCAGCGGCAGCAUCUACUACGACGAAAACGAAACUCCCAUCUGGUUCAAGACUAGGGACUCCCAGGUAUAUCCCUCGUUGUUCACGGUAUGGAGAAACCCCUAUGUGUUGCCAUUGAUCAAGACCCAUCCCCAUGUGAUUGAAAUUCUCGAGGGAGGUGCCGACUUGAUGUUGCCUGGCACAAUUCCCCCUUUCAACCCCAGGUUGGUCAAGGGCGCCAUCGUAGGUGUGGUUGACACUGCUCAUCCAACUGUCAUCAAGGGUGUAGGUAUCUGCAAAAUGGACAUCAGCUCUUUCGACCGAGUCAUAGGCACCACCGGUGUGGCAGUUGAACUCUUGCAUACCAUUAACGACCAAUUGUACAAGCUCAACAAGCUCGUUGACAUUGAUAUUCCUGAAGAGGUCGACUUAGCCACGCCAAUCAUUCCAGAAGAGCCACAAGACGAUGAGGAUGGUGCUGAUACACAAGAGCAGACCGAUGCUCAAUCGAUAGACAAGGAAGAAGGAGAGGAUGAUGUGGACUCGCUCGCCUCCGAAAUUGCCGAACUCACUGUCGAGGAAAUUGACAACUUCUUCACGCGUUCCCUCCUUCAAACUAUCAAAACCGAAACCAUAGAAUUACCAAUAACUGCAUCCAACUUCAUGGCCUCUUACAUCUACAAGAACUUGCCAGUUCUUGACCCAAGCUAUUGUAACAUCAAGAAGACCUCCUGGAAGAAAACUGCCAAAUUCUUGAAAGCAAUGGACAAGCAGAAGUACAUACAAGUAAAAGGGAAGGAUGAAGAUUUGAGUAUUAUCAAAUUGAUGGACAACAAGUUGCCCAUACUCGAAAAUUUCGUGACCCAUAGAACAAUGGGAUCAAAAACCUCCAAGGGAAACAAAGAUCCAACGCCAUCCAAGAAGGCAAAUGAGUUAUCCAUUGUGCAAUUGUACAAACCUGGUAAUAAAUCAAGAAUGUUCUUCAAUAAGGUGGAUGCUCCCUUUUCAGACUUGUACACCACAGUCGAAUUGAGAUCUUUAUUUGAGAAAUACGUUAAAUUGAAAGACUUGGUCAACCCCAACGAUAAGAAGACAAUUCGUAUUGAUGAUGAUUUGAAGUCAUGUACCAAUCUCGGACCUCAGGCAACUCCUCGGGAUAAAGUUUUCAAAGCAUUUUUGACCAAUUGCUCCCCACAUUUCCUGGUUGUUAAACCAGGAGAGACCAAAGGAGAGGUAUACAAGGGAGAGCCUCCGAAAAUAUCUAUUAUAACAGAAACUAAGAUUGGUAGAAAGGUUAUUACCCGGGUUUCUAAUUUCGAAAACUAUCAUAUCAAGCCACAUGUUUUAGCUGAAGAAUUGAGAAUCAAGUGUUCAGGCUCGUCAACGAUUGGACAAAUGGUCCAAAAUCCCAAGAUAACCGAAGUCACUGUCCAGGGUCCCCAUGGCAAGUUAAUAAUGGACUUGUUGAAGGAAAAAGGUGUUCCGACUACGUUCAUUGAAUUCGAAAAUAAGGCGAAGUCCAAGAAGAAGAGGGCCUGAGGUACUUAAUAUUUAGUCAAUAGACUGAUUUGUUGAAGAGUUACAUAGAAGCAGUACAUAGUGAACAACAACUCAUGGUCU